UUCUGUGCAAACAGUGCUGUCUCUGACUAGAUGAAAUAUAACUGCUUGGAGUCAAAGUGUGCAUGAAAUGCAUGAAAGUGUGCAUUUGUUCCUUUAAGUCGACUCAUCAGUUGCUAGGAAGAUCUCAAAUGAACAGGUUUGGCUUGGACUUCUCUCAUAGCUGCAAAUAGAAACCCAAGUUUUAUCGCCUCCCCAUGGCGAAAACCUGUUAUUAUUUUUCUAGCAUUUAUUUCUUACUUGUUAAAGCUGGGGAUAGUUGAGGACACCUCAUUAUUCACAUAUACAACGGGAUGCGCGUGACCGUAAAUUCCACGUGACCUAUAUUUGAUUAAAAUGUGCACGUUUUUAUUAUUUAUCCUGCCGUGCUUCUGUCUGACUUUAUGGUCAUCUGGAAAACCCCCUGUAAAGAAAUUGAAAUUGAAAGCAAAGCUUCGGUCAUACUUCAGUGCAGGGAAGGAUUAGGGGAAAACCUUUAUUUAGACUGAAUUAUCUGCGGAAAUACAGGCUAGAUAAAUCGAUUAAAUUUAAUAAACACGAGCGAUCAGUAUCUGAUGCGACAUUAAAAAAAAGCCGCUGUGUAAUAUUGACACUAACGCGGCUCAUAUACAGGCUACAAUAUGUCGAAACUUUUAGUGGUUGUUCUUGCUGUGUUCACGGAUUUGGCCAUCGUCUAUGUGCUGGACCUGGUAGGCACACACCUGAGAGGUAAAGUGGACGGUGGAGUUGACCUGGUGAGGCAGUGGACUGAGGCUGUGCUGCGAUGCUCGUUGCUCUUCUCACUGUUCUGCUGGAGGGAUGUGAGAGGACGGCUGAUAAAGCGAUGGGUGAUGGCCCACUGUUUUAUCACUCCUGUGUAUGAAACAGGUCGCUUAACUCUGUUUGGGAACUGGCCGAUGGAGAAGUUUGCUAUGUGGCUGGUUGGCAGUGUGGCUGCUGCUUUGGGAUGUCUGUUUUGGGAGACACUCAUACCAGAGUCUAACGAGGAAAACAACAGCAAAGAGAAGAAGCAGAAAGCUCGAGUGCUCUUCAUGAGAGUGAUCAGGUUGUACAAACCUGACUACCUGUUUCUGACCGGGGCAUCUCUGUUUCUAGCCUUAGCUGUCCUUUGUGAGAUGUUUAUUCCACUCUACACAGGAAAGUUGAUCGAUAUUCUGCAGACUAAGUACAGCUGGGAUGAAUUUCUUUCAGCAAUACUAUUAAUGACGUUUUUCUCCUUUGGAAGUUCUUUCAGCGCAGGUUGUCGAGGAGGCCUGUUCAUGUGUGCAAUCGGCAGAUUUAUUUGUAGAGUGAAGCAUCAGCUCUUCAGCUGCCUACUUAAGCAGGAAAUUGGCUUCUUUGAGACUACAAAGCCAGGUGACAUCACAAGCAGACUGUCCACAGACACUACUCUCAUGGCCCGAGCUGUAGCCCUUAAUGUGAACGUCCUUCUGCGAACUCUGAUUAAGACCGUGGGGAUGUUGUACCUGAUGUUUAGUCUCUCCUGGAAGCUCACUGUACUGACUCUGAUGGAGACGCCUUUAACUGGACUACUACAGAACAUCUACGACACACACUACCAGAAACUCUCAAAGGAGGUGCAGGACUCCAUAGCAAGAGCAAAUGAUGCUGCAGGAGAGGCUGUGUCAGGCAUCAGGACCAUAAAGAGCUUUAACGCAGAGCAGAGUGAGAAGAGUCGCUAUGAUGAGCGGCUGAUGGACACGUAUAAUAUAAAGUCUCGGAGGCACACAGUGAGAAUAGUCUACCUGCUGGUGAGGAGGCUUACAGAACUGGGAGCAAAGUUGGCUAUGUUAUACUAUGGUCGGCUGUUUGUGACAUAUGGACAGAUGACCAUGGGAAAUCUGGUCUCGUUCAUCCUCUACCAGACAAGUCUUGCCCAAAACAUUAGGACUUUGAUUUACAUAUUUGGAGAUAUGCUGAACUCUGUGAGUGCCUCCGGGAAGGUCUUUGAGUACCUGGACCGCAAACCUGAAGUGAGCACAGAUGGGACCCUGGAGGCAGAGGAACUGAAGGGACACAUCAGCUUCCAGAACGUCACUUUCACAUAUCCAACACGUCCAGACCAAAUUGUGCUGAAGGACUUCAAUUUGGAGCUGAAGCCCGGUAAAAUGAUUGCCCUGGUGGGGAAUUCCGGUGGUGGGAAAAGCACCACUGUUAGUCUGCUGCAGAGGUUUUACCAGCCACAGCAUGGACAGAUCCUGCUAGAUGGACAGCCUCUGCAGAACUACCAGCACAAAUACCUGCACAGCAAGAUUGUUGCAGUGGGUCAGGAGCCUGUUCUGUUCUCCGGUACCAUACGGGACAAUAUCACUUACGGAUUGCCAGAUUGUUCACUCGAGAGGAUCGAGGAGGCAGCACGCAAAGCCAAUGCACAUGAAUUCAUCUGUCAGUUACAGAAAGGUUAUGACACAGAUGUUGGAGAACGAGGAAGUCUUCUUGGUAGCAGUCAGAAGCAGCGCAUUGCGAUUGCCCGAGCUCUAAUCAGACAGCCGCAGGUUAUAUUACUGGAUGAGAUCACAAGCUUUCUGGAUGCUAAGAGUGAACAAAUGAUCCAACAAGCCCUGGCCAACUGCCCCAACCAGACCUUACUGGUGAUUGCACACAGACUGAAGACCAUUGAGAAGGCGGACCAGAUUAUUGUGAUUGACCAGGGGAUGAUUUUGGAGCAAGGCAGCCACCAGGAACUCAUGGAGAAGAAGGGCCAUUACUACAAACUGAAAGAGAAACUCUUUACUGAAAAUAACAGUAACAACAAUAAUUCCAGUUAAUGUGAAAGAAAAAGACCUGCAAAGAAGUGUAUUGAAACAUAGAAACUUGACACAUCAUCAGUCUGGAAUACAACUAUAAGUAUACACUGAUCAAGAAUAACAUUAUGUGCACAAAACAUUAGAAGCAGUAUCCUUUAAGGGCCCAUAGAGGCCCCGCCUUGCAACUUACAGGACUUAAAGGAUCUGCUGCUAACAUCUUGGUGCCAGAUACCACAGCACACCUUCAGGGAUCUAGUGGAGUCCAUGCCUCAAUGCGUCAGAACUGUAUUGGGGGACCAGCACAAUAUUAGGCAGGUGGUCAUAAUGUUAUGCCUGGUUAGUGUACAUUGCAAGAGAUAUUAUUGACAAUCUACGUCUUUUCACUUUAGGUGUUAAACUGUUGCUAUUUAACCAUUUGCAUUUCUGUAUGCAAUAUUAUUGUAUUUGUACAGUAAUAUUUUUGUUGUGAAACUAUUAGUGGUAUUAUUAAAAUUAUUGUUGUACUGUUAUUGUCAUAAUAUUAUUAUUGUAAUGUAAUAGUAUCUGCCAAAUAUCUGUGUAUAUGUAAUAGUAUCUGUCAAACUGGCCACUGUAAAAAAAAACAAAA